CUCUCUCUCUCUCACUCUCAUUUACUUUUAAUAUUUGCAAUAUUUAUGAAAUAUCAUUAGUUGUAUAUCUGAGAAAAAGCAAUGUCUGUCCGUUUAUUUGAGAGCACAGCACACGCCAACCUAUACGCCCGACACAGACCCUCAGUGCCCGACAAAGUGAUUGAUAUUGUGUUGGAUUAUCUGCGCCAACAAAUCCCUGAAGAUCAAUGGCAAGUGGCGGUCGACGUGGGCUGCGGUAGUGGACAGGGAUCUAAUCAAUUGUCGACACACUUCAAGCACUGUUACGGCUUUGACGUAAGUCCGGCCCAAAUCGGCGCUGCAAACAGCGCUCAACACUCGGCCAACGUUUCCUAUGCCGUAUGUCCGGCCGAGAGUUUGCCCACAAUUGUGUCCAAUAGUGUACAACUGAUGACCGCAUUUGAAUCCGUGCAUUGGUUUGAAUUUAACUCGUUUAUUAAUGAGUGCACUCGAGUCCUGUGCCCUAAUGGUGUGCUCGCAAUGGUUGGACGUAUAGCGCCGGAGGCCUACGACCCCAUUCGUCCGGACGACCGCAGUCUAGUCGACCUGUGGUACGAGUUGUAUACCGACGAGAGGUUAAAGCCAUUUACAAAUGCUAAGUUAGUGUUACUCGGGAGAAAGUAUAGAGAUAUCAAACUUCCCGAUAAUUACGAGACGAGUCGUAUGGAUGAAGUGGUGGUCACUGAACGAGUGUCGGCGCAGGAAAUUGUGGGCAUUUUUGAAUCGUGGUCACUAUAUCAGGGUUUGGCCAACGCUGAUAAACAGGCGGCUCAGCUCAUGACCCGAGAAGUGAUACACCGAUUGAAGUCUAUUCUCAAUGUUAGUGAUCUGUCGGCGAAAGAACAAUCGCCAGAAAAGUUGAAUAAUUAUUUU